AUGACCGAGCCACAACAGCUGCGCAGUCUUCCGCCGCCCAGUCGACGUCGGGAUAAGCCACAGUUGUCAUGCAGCCUCUGCAGAAGACGAAAACUUCGAUGCGAUCGAGGCCACCCCUGUGGAUCUUGCCUUCAUCGCGGGCUUUCACUCUCGUGCACUUAUGCCCAUUCCAGCACCGGGAUCUCAGCACGUGCCGCUAGAGAUCAGAAGCAUGGAGUCGCAUCAAAUUUAGUGGAGCGUAUUGGACAAUUAGAAAGAAUGAUUGCCGCUCUCGCAGAAAAUUCGAUCAGGAAUACACCUGGUCCCACCGAGGGCCAAGAUAUGUCAAGGGGAAAUGAAGGUAACGGUAAAUACGUCGGCGACAGGACGGACCCGCCUUCAGAUGCAAUUCAUCUCUCAAAAUCUUCUGGUAAAAUUGAACUACACCUGAAUAAAACAACUUAUGUUCAAAGUACUCAUUGGAGGGCGAUCAUGGAUGGUAUUUCCGAGUUGAAGACCUCGGUGAAGGAAGACGCAAAUGAAAGCUCUGGACAAGUCCAGAAUAUGUGCCAAACCCCUGAACUUUUGUUUGCAGGUAGCAAGCCUGCAACUAAAGAAGAUAUCUUGAGAGCAAUACCGCCCCGCGAAGUGACCGACAGGCUUGUGGCGGAAUACUUUGGUCACAACUAUGAUAAGUUUUGGGACGAUUCACUUCAGGCGCCAGUAAUGUGGAUAGGUAAGUUAUACGGUGUUAUGUGUUUGGCUUUGCUAUUUCGGAACCAACACACCCAUGAGUCGAACAAUUCCGCGGAAUCGAUUCAAAAGUACAGUGAGAAAGUCGACCAAUGCUUAACUCUAGGCGGAUAUCAAGACUGUCCGCCAGAGACCAUCGAAACCUUGCUUUGUGGUUUGAAUGCUCGUUUUCUUCAAAGGAGAGACCCCCAGAUAGAUGACUUGGUUUUCCUUGGAAUUGUUGUGCGCAUGGCUCAACGCAUGGGGUAUCAUCGUGAUCCAUCUCAUUUCCCCCAUAUCUCGCCAUUCCAAGGGGAAAUGAGACGUAGGAUUUGGUCUCUAAUUAGCGACCUGGAUGUGUUGGUAUCCGCCCAGGUUGGACUGCCUCGCUUACUGCGAGAAUUUCAGUCGGAUACAGCGGCGCCUCGAAAUCUUCUGGACGAAGACUUUGAUGAAGAUACCAUAGAGCUCCCGACAUCACGCCCUGCUUCGUUCGAAACCCCAACUCAAUGGUUGGUGACAAAACAUAGAAUGAUUUCUAUUUUCGGCUCUGUGACAGAUUUAUCAGCGUCAAUUCGCCGGCCGGAGUAUUCAGAGGUCAUGCGCUUGGACAAAGUGGUGCAUGAAACAUACACAUCAUCGUCUGAGAUUUAUCAGGAAAGACCCAUCAGUAAGUCCAUAAUGGACAGUUCUGAUAUAAUUUUGCGUCGUAUCCAGUUGGUGAUGCUCCUCGAUAAGGCCAAGUGCGUGUUACACUAUCGAUAUCUUGCUCUUGGAAGAUUCGAUCCCCGAUAUACUUACUCCCGCAAUACUUGUAUUGAAUCCGCCCUCCAUGUCCUUGGGAAUCAAUGUAUUGUGAACAAGGAAACACAACCCGGGGGUCGCCUUUUCAGCCAGAGGUGGAAAACGAUAUCGCCUCUGAUCAGAGGUGAAUUCUUGCUAGCAACAAUGUUGCUUUGUUUGGAGCUAAGUUUUGACCUUUCAAAUCACUCCAUCUCCAAUUCAAAGCAGAUACCACUUGGUGAGGAUAUGACCCAGAGAAUCCUUCAGGCUUUGCACAAGUCUUACGCUAUUUGGAUACCAUUGAGCGAUUCAUCAAAUGAAUCUAAAAAGGCUGUCCAAGCUCUGGCUGUGGUCUUUGACAAGAUUCAAAAGCAGCAUAAAUUGGGAUUGACAAACCUCUCACUUGAGAUACAUCACCCAGAAAGGCCGCCAACGGAUUUGGCCUUUUCCAUAGGUAUUCCCCAUCUUCUAAAUUUUGAUCUGCGGAUUUGA